AUUAUAUGUGUGACCAAACGGUAUCUGUUAGUCCUGACAAGCUACACCUGGAAUAAAAUAAGUUGAACGAAAAUGUGCAAAACGAGAAGAGAAUAAUGUUUUAAUUGCUGCUAGCGUUUAUUAAUACCUUCCAUGGCCGCAUUCUCCAGCCAGAUCGGCUCAGCUCCUCACAAAAAAGCGAUUGGUGAAUAUAAGAUGGAGAUGGGAAUGCUAUCCUCCUGUGUUGUCCUCUUUGUUAUGCUAGCUCAUGUAGAUGCAAGGCUUGAAGUUGAGCCCAAGAUUUUGGAUCAAGGAAACAAGCUUUCUUCCAUGGAAGGCCGAUCACCAAAUUCCAUUUGUAAUUUAUGCCUGGAGGCUUCAAGAAAAACUGAGAAAGCCUUGGGAGAUCCAAAUUUUUUUUGGUAUGUUGAUAUGCUCGCAAGUGAAGUUUGCCAUAUUCUGCCUUCUGAUCUCAAAGCUAAGUGUCUACAAAAGUCACAGGCAUAUGUGCAUCAAACAAAGUUGUCUUUGCAAGAUCUUUUCCAUGAAGAAUGUCUCUGCAACAACACAGGAUUAUGUUUGGACGAGUCCAUGCUUCCAACUGAUGAAAGUCUCAUUUCAUCAAACAAGUUUUCUUCUGAGACACAGGAGAAAAUUUGUUUAGCAUGCCGCAAAGCUGUCAAAAAUCUUUUCAUUCAAUUAAAAACUCCUAAGAUGAGGAUGAAGAUAAUGGAGGCUCUUAUCGGGUCCUGUGAAGAAGCAGAUAAGGAUGAAGAGCAAUGCAAGCAAAUUGUCUACAUGUAUGUUCCUCUAAUCCUGUCAAAACUUGACAAGCUAAAAACCAGUGACUUGUGCCGUCUGAUGAAUCUCUGUGACGAGGGGAUAUCUCUGUGAAAUGCCCGUAAAGUUAGCUAAGAUGUGGUAGUUUUACUUCUAUUGUAUGUAUUCAAAAUAACCAAGAAAGGGGGGCAUUCUAGAUCUCUGAGGAUUGAAUAAUGUGAUGUUCAUACAUCAUAUGUCUAGUAUUGCUGGGAUUAGUGUGAUCAGCCAUGUGUUAUUGCCUUUAUUUCUGAGAAGUAGAUGUAUAUUCUUAUUUCAGUAAGACAAUUGUCUGAAGCACCUUAGGAAAUCUUUCGCCACAGUUGGCAUCUGAUCAAGCAUUGCAAUAUAUUGUUACUACCUCAUCUAGUUGUCCAAAUUGUAAUUUGUCUACACAGUUAAAAUGGCAUCUUCGUUAUUAUA